CGCCGGUGCCGGCAGGGCCACCGCCGGUGCCGGCAAGGCCACCACCCCUGGGGCCGCCAGGGCCACCGCCGGGGCCGGCUCAAAGACGACGUCGGGCGCGGGAGGUGAAUCCGCCUCGUCUGCUUUGUCCGGCAAGAAGGUGGCGAGGAUCGAGGGGGAGCUCAUCCUGGGGGGGAUCUUCCCCGUCCACGAGAGGGGCCCCGGUGGGGGCACCAGCGGCGGAGACUGCGGCCCCAUCAGCUUCGGCCGCGGCAUCCAGAGGAUGGAGGCGAUGAUGUUCGCCAUCGACGACAUCAACCGCAGCGCCCGCUUGCUGCCCGGGGUGCGCCUGGGGGCGCGCGUCCUCGACUCUUGCCUCACGGACACGUACGCGCUCGAGCAGGCGCUGGAGUUCGUGCGCUCGUCCCUGCAGCGCGUGGAGGAGACGGAGUUCGUGUGCCCCGAUGGCUCCUACGCCGUGCAGCAGAAGCGGCCGCUGCCCAUCGCCGGCGUCAUCGGCGGCUCAGACAGCAGCGUCACCAUACAGGUGGCGAACCUCCUGCGCCUCUUCCGCAUCCCGCAGGUGAGCUACGCGUCGACGAGUGCCACGCUGAGCGACCGCUCGCGCUACGACCUCUUCGCGCGCACCGUGCCGCCAGACUCGCACCAGGCACGCGCCAUCGCUGACCUCCUGCGCCACUUCGGCUGGACCUACGUCUCCACCGUGGCGUCGGAGGGCGACUACGGCGAGGCGGGCGUCGCGGCCUUCGAGCGCGAGGCCCGCGCGCGCAACAUCUGCGUGGCCGCCACCGCCACGGUGGGACGCGGCGCCGGCGCCGGGGCCCCCGUGUCCUACGAGGCGGCGGUCCGCGGCCUGGCGCUCGGCGCCGGCGGGGCCCGCGUGGCCGUCCUCUUCGUGCGCGCCGAGGACGCCCGGGGCCUGCUGGCGGCCGCCCAGCGGCUCAACGCCUCCUUCCAGUGGGUGGCGAGCGACGGGUGGGGCGCCCUGGACGAGGUGGUGCGGGGCCGGGAGCGGGCGGCCGACGGCGCCAUCACCGUCGAGCUGUCGUCGUGGCCCGUGCAGGAGUUCGACCGCUACUUCCAGAGCCUCACGCCGGCCAACAACCGCAGGAACCCGUGGUUCCGCGAGUUCUGGGAGCGGCGGUUCCACUGCACGUUGCCCGACACGCGGGCCCAAGCCGCGGCCGCCGGCGGUGCCGGUGGCACAGCGGGUGGCGGCGGUGGUGGCGGUGCCACCGCUCCCACCAAGAUGUGCGGCCGGAAGUCGCUGCUGAAGCAGACGAAGCACGAACAGGAGCCCAAGGUGAUGUUCGUGAUCAACGCGGUGUACGCGAUGGCGCACGCGCUGCACAACAUGCAGAGGGUGCUGUGUCCCAACACCACGAGGCUGUGCGACGCCAUGAAGGCCAUCGACGGGCGCCGCCUCUUCAACGACUUCGUGCUGAACAUCAGCUUCAACACUCCGUACCGCUCCCCCGGCUCCGGCAAGGUGCGCCUGGACGCGAGCGGCGAGGGCGUGGUGCGCUACAACAUCUACGCGUUCCAGCGCGACCCGCCGCGGCGCCACCACCACCGCUACGUGCGCGUGGGCCACUGGGACGAGGAGGCCCUGCGCGUGAAUGCCACCCUCGUGGCCUGGGCCCGCCACGGCGGCGCGCCGCCCGCGUCGCGCUGCAGCGAGCCGUGCGGCCCCGGCGAGGCCCGGAGCGCGCGGCCGCCCGGCGACGCCUGCUGCUGGUCGUGCGCGCCUUGCCGGCCCCACGAGUACCUCGCCGACGAGGCCACGUGCCGGGACUGCGGGCCGGGCCGCCGGCCCUCCGCCGACCUCUCGGGGUGCCGCGACAUCCCCGCCGAGCACCUGGCGUGGGGCGACGCGCCGGCCGCCGCGUCCGUCGGCUUCGCCGUGCUCGGCGUCGUCGGCACGGCGCUGGUGGGCGCGGCGCUGGCGCGGCACGGCCGCUCGGCGGCGGCGCGGGCGUCCGACCGCGGGCUCUGCGGCGUGCUGCUGCUCGGCGUGGCGACGUGCUAUGGCACGACGUUCGCGUUCGUGGCGCGCCCGUCGGCGGCCUCGUGCGCCGCUCGCCGCGUGGGCCUCGGCACGUCGCUGGCGGCGUGCUACGCGCCGCUGCUCGCCAAGACCGUCGGAGCGGCGUGCGGCGGCGGCGGCGGCGGCGGCGGCGGAGGAGGAGGAGGAGGCGGGGGGGCGCGCCGCCUCCGCUUCGCCGGUCCCGCGUCGCGGCUGCUCCUCUGCCUGGCGCUCGUCGCGGGCCAGCUGGCGUCGGCCUCCGUGUGGCUCGUGGUGGAGCGGCCCGGCGUGGUGCGCGACGCCUCGCCCGAGCGCAGGGAGCGCGUGGUGCUGCGCUGCAACGUGCGCGACUCCAGCGUGCUGGCGUCGCUCGCGUACGACGUGCUGCUCGUCGUGCUGUGCACGCUGUACGCCUACAGGGCGCGCAAGUGCCCCGAAAACUUCGGCGAGGCCAAGUACGUCGCCCUCACCAUGUACACCACGUGCGUCGUCUGGCUCGCCUUCCUGCCCAUCUUCUACGCCACCGCCAGCGACUACAGGGUGCAGACCGCCUCCAUGUGCGUCUUUGUGAGCCUCAGCGGCUCAGUGGUUCUCUGCUGCCUCUUCGCGCCCAAGCUUCACGUCCUGCUGCGGGAGGAGCAGCGGCUGCGGCGGGAGCAGCAGCAGCAGCAACAGCAGCAGCGAGAGGAGCGAGGCGCGUCGAGCCCAGCGGCACGAGGGACGGAGAUCGCCGCAAGCGGCGCGGCCACCGCCGCUGCGCUGUCGUGGAGCCGCUUCAGCGUCGGCGGCUCCGUGACGUCGCAGCAGAGUGCGGUUCCCGCGCUCCCCCCGAGUGACCCCGCUCUGUGCAAUGGACACGAAGUUAUCGACUCCACCACCUCCUCGCUGUGAGCGCUCUGCUCAUCGGGAGAGAGAGCCCUCUCACGGCGCUGCCAGCGGAGUCAACUCUCUCAUGGCUGCUCAAGUCGGGUCAACUCUCUCACGGCGCUGCCAGUGGGGUCAACUCUCUCACGGCGCUGCCAGUGGGGUCAACUCUCUCACGGUUGUUCCAGCGGGGUCAACUCUCUCACGGCGCUGUCAGCGGGGUCAACUCUCUCAUGGUCACUCCAGCGGGGUCAACUCUCUCACGGUUGCUCCAGCGGGGUCAACUCUCUCACGGCGCUGUCAACGGGGUCAACUCUCUCAUGGUCACUCCAGCGGGGUCAACUCUCUCACGGUUGCUCCAGCGGGGUAAACUCUCUCACGACCACUCCAGCGGGGUCAACUCUCUCACGGCUGCUCAAGUCGGGUCAACUCUAUCAUGGCGCUGCCAGCGGGGUCAACUCUCUCAUGGUCACUCCAGCGGGGUCAACUCUCUCACGUCUGCUCAAGUCGGGUCAACUCUAUCAUGGUCACUCCAGUGGGGUCAACUCUCUCACAGCGCUGCUAGCGUGGUCAACUCUCUCAAAGCAACUCCAACGGGGUCAACUCUCUCAUAGCCACUCUAGUGGGGUCAACUUUAUCAUGGCUGUUCCAGCGACGUCAACUGGUCAGCUGGUGGUGGGGAUCGGGGUGGGGGGCGGGGUGAGCAGGAGGGGUUCAGGUGCCGGUACUAUGAAAGUGGUGGGGU